AUGGAUGUCAACUUACUCUUCCAGUGCUUUGAAGGCACUUUGAACCAAUCAGGUGAGGUCAGACAUGAGUCAGAACAGAAGCUCAGAGAGCUGAGUAAGAUUCCCGGUUUUGUUGGAGCCUGUUUGGAUAUCUUGUCGAAUUCUAAAGUGCCGGAAAGCAUAAAGCUAUCAACAUCACUAUAUUUGAAGAAUAAGAUCUAUUACGGCUGGUCAAAAAGAAGCAAAAGUUCUAAUGAGUUAUUGAACAUUGCUCUUGAUAAUGAUGAGAAGCCAAUCGUCAAAGAUAUGUUUAUUAAUACUUUAGUGCAAUGCUCUCACACGAAUCCUAGUUGUGUUAGAAUGUUAAUGCCAGCAUUGACAACUAUCGUCGGAGAGGAGUAUCCUGCAGGAAGGUGGGAUGGACUAUUAGCGGAGUCAUUUAGGUUGUUAUCAACAAAUGAUAUAGAUUCAGCGUAUAUUGGUUUACUCGCUUUAUCUGAGAUUUUUAGAACCUAUAGGUGGUCCGAAAAUGAUGAGAGACAAAAUCUCGAGCGUUUAAUUGUUCAGCACUUUGAUGAUUUAUUGGCCUAUGCAAACCAGUUGAUCCAAUCUCCCGGCGCCCUGGAUGAUAACAAAAUAGGUAAUAUGGUUAAACUUAUCAUCAAAAUUUACAAAUUCAUAACAUAUCAUGAUUUCCCAUACACGUUGCAAACCCCCGAAAGAUUUAUACCUUGGGCAAAUUUCCACGUUGCAAUUAUAGAAAUGCCUCUUUCGCAGCAUUUCCUUGAAUCAGUGGAUAAAGAUUCCCGUAAAAACUAUCAAUGGGUUAAGGCUAAGAAAUGGGCUUACUCUAACAUGUUAAGAAUUUUUCAGCGUUAUGCGUCCGAAUCAUUAACCAAGAAGUUCUCAUACGAUGAGUUCAAACAGAUGUAUUUGAAGGACUUUAUGCCUAACCUUUUACAUCUUUAUUUCCAACAAAUUGAACAGUGGGGUACUUACAAAUUAUGGAUCAGCGAUGAGUGUUUAUACAAUAUCUUAAGCUACAUCGAACAUACCUUGACACAAAAGGUAAGUUGGUUGAUGGUCAAACCUCAUUAUCCAAUCAUUUUACAGCAUGUCAUUUUCCCGAUGCUUUGUCCCGACUCAGAUACUCUUGAGACAUUCGAAAACGACCCAAGAGAGUACAUUCAUCGCCAUCUAGAAACGUGGAACGACGACUAUUCUCCUGAUGUGGCAGCAGUAUCAUUAUUGGUGACAGCGGUUCACAAGCGCUCUAAAACAACUUUAGAGCCAACUUUAUCAUUUGUUACAGAUACGUUAAACGGUAUAAAGGAUUCUUCAGGAGGUUUCCAAUCAUUAUCACUGGAACAGGCCGUGAAGGUAGAGUCCUGUUUGAGAAUUGUUUCCAAUAUCACAGAUAGAUUAACUGCACCAAAAUCACCUUAUGGAAGAGCUUUAGAAGAGUUCUUACAUGCUUACGUGUUCCCAUUGUUUAACUCCAGCUAUGGUUUCCUACGUGCAAGAGUUUGUGAAUUAUGCUCCAAGCUAUCUGAUUAUGAUUUCACAAAGCCAAGUUCAAUUCCAAUAAUCUACGAAGGUGUCAUGCACUGUUUCAACGAUGAAUCAGGGUUUCUUCCAGUUAAAUUACUAGCCGCAUUUGCGUUACAAAGUUUUGUUGAUAACAGUGUCUUCCAAGAAUCGUUGUCAACAAUUGUUGUACCAACAAUGCAGUCAUUAUUACAACUUUCACAUGAAUUUGAAUCAGAUGUGAUCUCUGGUGUUAUUAGGGAGUUUGUUGAACAGUUCUCAAAAGAACUACAACCGUUUAGUGUUGACUUAACGAACAAUUUGGUUCAGCAGUUUUUGAAGUUGGCGAUCGAACUAAACGAUGCAUCCAAGGUUGAUAUAAGCACAUUUUCUGGCGGAGAACUGCCGGAUGAAUCUGAUAAAGAGAUGGCUGCAUUGAGUAUCUUGUCUACGAUAAUCUCAAUUUUACUUUCUUUUGAAAAUUCAACUGAAAUUAUCGAGAGUUUAGAGCACUCUUUCUAUCCCGCUGCUGAGUUCAUUCUAAAGAAUGAUAUGGAAGAUUUCUACCGUGAAGUGUGUGAAUUUGUUGAGAAUUCUACAUUUCUACUGCGUAAAGUUUCUUCGAUUUCUUGGAAAGUGUUAGAGUUGAUUGGUGAUUGCAAUAGGAAAGAGGGCAGUAUGGUUUCUUUCUACUUGGAAGAUUUUAUGAUGGCAAUUUCUAACUAUUUAAUUUACGGUAAGGACGAAUUGAAGCAAAACCUUUUUUACACUAAUAUACUAUUUGAAAUAUUCCAAGCUGCUACUGCAAAUGAAAACGAGGACAAGGAUCUAGACGAAAUGUGCGUCGUGUUUGAAUUUGCACAAAAGAUGAUUUUGGCAUUCGGAGACAAAAUCCCAGAACAAUUUUUGAGUACAUUUUUAACUACUACAACUGAAGCGAUAGAAGUGGAAAAAAACAGUUUGAAAACUCAUCUAAAUUAUGGUGUCAAUGCAUUCAACGUUAUACUAGCAUCUAUGGUAUACUAUCCAUCACAAUCAUUGAACUUUCUAAACCACAAACAGCUUCUUACGACUUUCCUUGAAAUUUGGAUCCAGUUCUAUCUCCCAAAGUUUACUAGAGUCAUUGACAUUAAGUUGUCGAUCAUGGCUACCUUAUCUCUUCUAACACUUGUACCCAUGCAAGAGUAUGUCUCGUUACACAUCGAGGCCGUGUAUCUGAAAUUGGGGCCAAUGUUGAAUGAUUUAUUCAACAAGUUCCCUGCAGCACUGAAGGUCUUACAGGAUAAACGUCAAGAAUUCUCAAGUGAUGCAUUCAGUAAGUUUGAUGGAUUUAACGAUGAGUGGAAUGACUUCGAAGACGAUGAUGAAGAUGCUGCUGGCGAUGCUGAAGAAUAUCUAAAAUUCUUGAAGAAUGAAGCCGGAAGCCUACAACUAAUCCAUGAAUCGGGCCAGUUCCUUGACCAAGAUGAUAUGGAUGAACUUGAAGAAGACCCAUUAUCUGGAUCCAUCCUCGAUGACGUCAACAUCUAUGAACUUUUCCAACACACUUUCUCAAGAUUGGAGCAGACUGAACCAGAGAAGUAUCAAAACUUCAUUGGUAGCAUGUCUUCAGAAGACCAACAAGCUUUUCUCAGAACUUUGCACACAACAUAA